AUCCAGAAACAAGGCAUUCGUAAAUAUUCGGAGAUGUAAUACUUAAUCUAUAUUUUCAUGUAAAAAAAUAAAAUUAACUUUUCAGAUUUGAUGAUUGUUAUUACAAUGUGAACAAAGGUAAUAUAUAAUUUUAUGACAGUAUCUUUUAAACAACCAAAUAAUAUAACUUUCAGACUGCUGAUAUAUUUGGCAAGUCAAGGGACAUAAUACAAGGAGUGUUCUCGAUAACUCUCUCGAUUUACCAGAAAAUUCGGCACGAUGGCGGAUGCGAAAACAAAGGCACUUGAAGAGAAGGAUAAGGGCAAUGCAGCCUAUAAGAAGAAAGACUUUGACACGGCGAUAAAGCAUUAUGAUACAGCUUUUGGCCUUGAUCCCACCAACAUUACCAUUCUCACAAAUAAAGGAGCUGUGUAUUAUGAGCAGGGAAAUCUAGAAGAAUGUAUAAAGACUUGUGAGAAAGCUAUUGAGGUUGGCCGUGAAAACAGAGCUGACUUUACACUUAUUGCAAAAGCAUUUGCAAGAAUAGGAACAGCAUAUGUGAAGAAGGAUGAGUUGGAGCAAGCCUUGAAUUACUACAACAAAAGUUUGUCAGAACAUCGUGCUCCAGAUAUUGUAAAAAAGGUUCAAGAACUACAACAAAAGAUAAAAGAGAAGGAGAGGCUGGCAUACGUUAACCCAGAGCUUGCUAACUUGGAAAAGGAGAAGGGGAAUGCAGCGUUCAAAGAAGGCAAGUAUCCAGCAGCCAUCGGCUCCUACACGGAGGCUAUCAAACGAAACCCUGAAGAUGCAAAAUUGUUCAGCAAUCGAGCAGCAUGUUACACGAAACUCAUGGAAUUUCAGCUUGCUCUGAAGGACAGUGAUGAGUGCAUUCGACUAGACCCUAAAUUUAUCAAAGGCUUUCUACGUAAAGGCAGUGUAUUGUUAGCAAUGAGAGAACCGACCAAAGCAACCGUGGUGUACCAAAAGGCCCUUGAGAUUGAUUCUAACAAUGCGGAGGCUUUGGAAGGGUACAGGAAAGCCCUGAUGCUGGAGAGCGAGGACCCAGAGGCUGUGAAGCAGAAGGCCAUGUCUAAUCCGGAGGUGCAGCAAAUUUUGAGCGACCCUGCCAUGCAGAUGAUUCUAGGCCAAAUGUCAAAGGACCCCAAAGCAGCCAGGGAACAUUUAAAGAACCCUGAGGUGGCAGCAAAGAUACAGAAGCUCAUGGAGUGUGGCAUUGUGUCCCUCCACUAAGGAUAGGCCAGACUAGGAUCGUACUCUCAUCAUAACCAUUUUUGGGACUUACUAUUUCUACAUGAUUUGCUUUCUUUUUCUUUUUUUUUUUAAAUUUUGGAUACAAAUUCCUGAAAUCAGAAAUGUCAUCAUUGUUUGUUUUGAAGAGAAGGCUAACAUAUGUGCAUGAGUGAAAGAUGUGCAUGUGGCCUUUUCGUCUUCAUUGCUUAACUUACUGCUAUAAGAAUAUGUAAGAGUUUUGAGUCAAGCCUCAAUAUUUGGGCAAUUUUGUGUUUGUCUUUUCUGCCAUGGAAUUUGACCAAUGUAAUUGAUGAUAGACAUGCUUUGUGGUUAAAUGUGGUAUUAAUGGUAGACGUUUCUCUAUUUUUACACUUCAAAUCUUUUUGUCUUGUCUUUUGACAAAUAAGAUUUGUGAUGUUAACAUUCAUAAGUUUUUUGUGGUGUACAGAAUGGUACUGUUAAUUCUUUUUUAGAUUGACGGGCUAUCUGUUAAAAAUACCUUUCAAGCCUGCUUGUUGUAGUUUAUUUUAUUCCCUGGUUUUAACCGUUCUUGGCGUUAAAACUUUUUUUUUAGAAAAGUCUGUGUUCAUUAAGGCUUUAUGCUUUGUUUGGCAUUACAAUACAAUUUUUUGUGUGUUUAACCCAUUCCCUCCUAGAUUGACCUCGAAAGUCGACUGCUGCAGGAAUCCUUCUUUACCCCUAGAUCGACUAUUGUCGCUGGAUAGCGUCAUGUUUUGGACCUGCCAUAUUUUCCUGUAGAUUAUGUCAAAGAAAAUCUUGUACCAAUAGACUUGUAGUGUGAGUUUUAACUUAGCAAGAUUAUCCUGUUUUUGUGCAGAUAUUUAUAGAUCCCGCUUUUGAAGUACUUGAAAGAAAGAAAUGACCGUUUGAAUCUUAUGCUUUUUUUUCCCACUGAUUUACCUUUCCCCUCAAGGUGAGUUUGAAUCCAGAUGUUUCAGUGAAGCUUGCUUGUAAUGAAGUCGUUGGGCCCAACGUUCAAGCUCAUUAUGUCAAAGGUGUGACUAACGUGAGCAUAUUUAUUCGGUGACGGUGUGGACAUCCGUUUCUCAAAAGUGUCACGGUGCUUGUAAUAAUGGAAGGAACCAAAUGUGCUACAAGGUGCAUGCUUAUAUGAGCGGCUCCUUCCCUUGACAUGGUCCCUGAAGAAUAGAGUCAGACUUGUGCAAGAUUCACUUUUAGUUUUAUAGGUUUUUUUUCCACAUGGACCAUACCAAGGCUAGUGCUUGGUCAGGAGGAGAAAUCGGACGUUGGUGAAGGUUUAGACGUAGAUUUAGUUCCGAGUCAGAUGACGAAGAGCAACUAGAGCUGAUCAGUGGGCCAUACUUGGUAAGCCAGAGAAAUUGGGAAAGCCCUUGAGACGUCGACUGCUGUUUGUUGAAUUAAAUGUUCAAUCUGUUAUCAGUUUUGCAGUUUAUUUGAUGUUUUCAAUCAUCAUCAUGUGUGGUUGCCUUUGUAAACGAUUUUUUAAAAUGGUAUUUAAUUGGACAGUUCUGCUCCUUCUUUUUAAGGGAAAGAUGGCAAUUUUUCAGAAUGGAGGCCUCAGGUUUGCUUGAGGUAAAUAUGACCCAGGCAAGCAGGUUAUUAUGAAUAGAAGCUAUGUUCUGUCAGGUUGUGUUCCUUAGCAUGUACUCGAGGGAGGUUUACUUUAUAGGCAUAAGGUUUGAGAAUAUGAUCAGUUUUGUUUGCUUUUACCACUUCUCAGGAGUAACUUAAUACCCAAUAUAUAUAUAAAGUAAAAUCAUUCGACAGAUUUAUAUAUGUUAAUCUUAAAUGAAGCCUGCAACAGCCGGCAUUUACAGGCUUUCAUGUGGCCUCAUGGUAUCCUUCGUUACUUUAAAUUCUGGAAUUGAUCUUUACUUGGUCAGUCAUACUACCGAUUAGUUUCUCAUGCUACCUUAAUGUGAAAAAUCUCCUCAAUGCCAAUUCCUUCACUUCUGGCCUGUUGAAUGAAACUGCAGCCCUUUUAAAAAUGAGUGGAAAGUAUAACUGGUUAAUCGAAACUGUUGUGGGUUUUGCACGUUGAUACUUCCACCCCUUUUUCUUUCCAUCGUUUUACUCUUUAUUUCUUUUACUUUUACUUCUUUGCCUGUUUUUCUUUCAAAUAGAAUAUGCACAAGAGUAUUUGUUCACUGUGAUGAGGUCAAUGCAGACAUGUUGUAACAUGCAUAAUGCCGUUAGAAAGUCGUGAAAUUUUGUGUGAGGAAAUCCUGUUAUGAUUCAGAAUUUGCAGAAAUUUUCAGAUGGUCUCUGAGUAUGGAAAGCAGCUCUUGGCGAUGCUCUGGUGUGUUUUCAGUUAGUGUAUGUAAGGAAGUAAGAUAUAAACUUAACGACGUGAUGGUAAAAAAGGAUGGUUUGAUGUUGUUGUUUUUUAUCAUAUAUAAUGGGAAUUAUUAGACCAGGUCAGGUGGAUACAGUGCACGUUUUCAACAUGCAUUUUCUUGUUGUUGGUUUUUUUUUGUUUUUUUUUAACCUGAACAAGUUCUUUCAUUGUGGUUAUUAGUUUUGGAAUUGUACAUUUUCCAUGGUGUGAACACAUAUUUUGCCAGGCCACAAUUUAAAUUCUUUCAAACUAAAAGAAAAUUACCGGUUAGGGCAGCAAAAUAGGAAUUCAGUGAAUUUAGUAGUAGUUUGAAAUCAACUCGUAUGUAGAAAGUUGAUGAUCUUUUGAACAAAUUUGUUUGUGGCCCGAGUAUUAUUAUUCUCCUUUGAGAUUUGUAUAGAGACACGUGUAAGAAAUUUAUUGAAAUAAAUUUCAUUGAAUUGCCAAUGAUAUGACUUCUA